AUGUUUCGACAUCUACGCUUCAUGAUUCUGAUUGCUUUGAGGAGCAAUUUUACAAACACAACUAAUUUGUCGAACUUUAAUCUUUACCCUGUAGGAGACAUAAAACAGUGUAUUGCAAUUCUUGGCGAUAGCGUUGAAAGGUUUGAAGUUCUGCCAGGUAUCGGAUGGGACAAUCUAGAAAACAGAGAUAGAAGUGUCCUGGUAUCCUUUAACUUUAGCAAAUGUCAGACGACCGAUGAUGGACAAUUUAUUAUUCCGGACAAUGUAUUUUCAAUACCACUUAAAACUAGCCAUAUUGAACUAUUCGGAGAAAUGUUUCGUCAUUGGUCAGACUUUACGUCUACUACUGCAUCUUCUAUCAAUAUCGAAACUGGAUUACAGCACAACAAAUUUAAAAUUAGUGGAUCAUUUUCUUCUGAAUUCGAAAAAGUGAAAGGGAACCAAAUCACAGACAAAUCGGUAACUACACGUGUUCAGGCAAAAUAUGUGCGAUAUUCAGCCAAGUUGCAACCUGAUGCAAAACUACAUCCUGCAUUCCAACAAAGAUUGAAGAAUAUUGCCUUCUAUAUCCAAAAAAAUAUGACCAGAGUUGCAUCCUACGAGAGUCAAUUAUUAGUCCGAGACUAUGGAACCCAUAUCGUAUCCAGCACAGAUGCUGGAGCGAUAGUUAUGCAGAUUGAUGAUGUGAAGACCUCAUUUACGAAACUUCUAGAUAAAGAUAAAAGCAAAAUUAUAGCUGCAGCAAGUGUCUCUUUUCUAGAGAAGUUCAAAAUAUCAGGUGAAUACAAAACUACUGCUUCUUCAGAACUCGUAAAGGAAUAUGAGGCCAAUAGAACUUAUUCAGUUAUAAAUACUUUUGGAGGACCAAUAUUCAAGCCACAUGGCUUUACCUUAAGUGAAUGGGCAUCCAAAAUCAAGACAAACUUGGUUGCCGUGGAUCGAGUUGGGUUUCCUAUAUAUGAACUCAUAACUCUCCAAAGCUUACCCAAUCUUCCUCCAUUUCUCCUAUAUUCUGUUGUGGAGCAUGUAAAAGAUGCAGUGGAGGAAUACUAUAAAUUCAAUACAUAUCGUGGAUGCACAGACAUUGACUCGCCCAAUUUUUCAUACAUUGCUAAUGUUGAUGACGGAACUUGCUCGUAUAAGGCAAGUAAUUUUUCAUAUGGAGGCGUUUUUCAAACCUGUACACAAUCCGGGCAGUUGCAUGAAAAUCUUUGCACUAGUCUUAUGCAGAAAAAUCCGUUGACGGGUGAUUUUUCAUGCCCAGUAGGAUACAAAUCUGUUUUCUUAUCGGACAGUCAGAUAACUUCUUCUGAGCUUCGCUCCAAAUGCAGUUCUUGUGGAUUUUUAUGGUUGAAAACAUGCUGUUCAAAUUACUAUGUGCACGGGACUGCCUAUUCAAAAGCCUAUUGGUGCGCUGCAUUUGGAAAUACUGCGACUGCAAAUCAUAAUGGAUUUCUUUUUGGGGGAACAUUUUCCAGCUCAAUUGAAAAUCCGUUAACUCAAACCCAUGGCUGUCCACUUUAUUAUUAUCCCCUUACAUUUGGCACUGAUAUGCAUGUUUGUGUAAGUGACGACUUUGAACUAGGAUUUAAAUAUGCUGUUCCAUUUUCAGGAUUUUUUAGUUGCAAAUCAGGGAACCCUUAUGCUAUUGUAGAAGAUACAUCAUUAAAUGAUACAAAAGAUUUACAUGCGUAUCUUACAUUAGGCGAUUCGUACCUAUGGCCACGUGGUUGUCCGUCGGGCUAUAGUAUGCAUUUAGCUGCGGUAGAGAGAGAGGCUUGUGAAAUCAAUUAUUGUGUCAGAGCGCGUGCUUUUUCUUCCAGAGAGCUUCCAACAAUACGCAAACCUCCGUUUAUGGAAUUACCAACCAAUGCAUUUAGUGAUGGCGAUGAUUCGACAGAAGUUUAUCAAGUAAAUGAUGAUAGGAAAACAUGGAUUCAUCUCACACCGAAACCACUGCUGGCGUCCUCAGAUUCGUUCAGUCCAUGGAGACUAUUUUUAUUUCAGAUGCUCAGUCUGGUGUUGUUUCUUAAUGGUUACCUUUAG